CGAAUCCGAAAGCGCGAUUGAUUGACCAGACCAGCCUGAACGGAAGCAGACCCGGGUCUCCCAUGAGUCGCCGGUUUCGAAGAGCAAAUAAGGUUGAAAGAUCAUUCAGGAGGUCCUGAUUAAACCUGCAGAUUCCAGGAUUUCCUCGCAAAUAAAGCUUGGAAAAGCCGGAUGAAAUCUAAGUUUGGUUAGACAGGCGUCAUUCAGGCAUCUCUAGAGCCUGAGAGCCGCUUCAGGACAGUAACCCAGGCACGUAAAGAGCGUCAAUCUUGACUGAACAGACGUAGCAAGAUCUGUGAGGACCACAAUUACGCCGUUAGGUCUCUGUCACCAACGGAGACGCGGCAAUGUUACCGUACACUCACAAAUAUGGGCGGCUCUGGAAAUGCAUAUCAACCCUGUCCUUGUCACAACAUUUACCCCAGAUUGAAUUCUACCCAGCCGAGCACGAACAUCAUGAGCGACCGCCACAACUACACAUUCCAUCCCAAUCAGCCACCACGUCCCCCCAAUCAGCCACCGCGGGGCAGCCAAUGGCUACCCAAUGCUCAACAGCAGCCCCCUCAUCAAUCAUCUUCCUAUCAACCAGUUCAGCGUAGCUUCCCAGCGGCACAAAGCAACUAUAUGUCCACGCACCCUGCGCCAUCUUCACCAUAUGCAAUGCCUACCAUGCCACCAUCAAGCACACACUACACAACAAACAAUCAUGCCGCUGCACCAUCACAACCCUACCCCCCAAAUGCUGCUGUCAGUCCAUACAGUCAACAGCAACAUAUGUAUCCACCACAAGAUUACCCUAUGCGCCAGCCGGCACAUUCACCGGGUCAGAUAUAUCAGCCAGCGGGACCUUCGCGCAGCCAUACAAUACCGAACGUCACGCAUCCGUACGUCAUUGAUGGUCCGAUAGCGCCUGCAGUGCAGUACCCAGCAUCCCCCACACGUCCAUUCUCCUGCGACAUGUGCGCGCUGUCGUUUAACCGGCAGCAUGAUUUGAAACGGCACAGAGAUACACACUCGGGAGAGAAACCAUUUUUGUGCAAUGGAGGCUGUGGAAAGACAUUCACGAGGAAAGAUGCACUAAAAAGGCACCAGCUUGUGAAGCAUUGUGGAUAUGACGAAGAUGCAAAUUGAAAUGGCGUUGUUUAAUCAUCAAUCGCUCGAUUGCAAUUUACUCCACAUACUAAUAUCAUAUUCAACAUUGAGGUAAGUUUGUACCGGAAGGAAUGAUUGGCAUAGUGAAACUGCAAUGUAACACGUUAACAUAUUUAUGUGUCCAUUAAAUGAAAGUUACCAUUCACAGCGUGGUCAGAUGUGGCAGCAGU